AUGCAUUGUGUUGCUCGAUUAAAUAACACGUUACAUAAUUUUUUCAACAAUCGAGAGGUUUGCUUUGUUUUGAUGUUAAGUUUGAAAACAUGUUAUAUUUUUUAGAUCAACUCAAUUGUCACAACAUUAUUGAUUAUUGUUUCACUCUACAUCAGUUUGAUCACACUUUUGGGUGAAAAUUUCUGUAAGUUUUUGAAAAAAGUUGAGAGUUUGACUUGUAAACAGGCAUGUUAAUUUGGCAAAAACCAAAACAGUUUCGCUAACCUUUAAAAUUUUCGAUCACAUAAAAAUCUCGAAGAAUAAAUUAAUAUUCUAGUGCAACCAUUGGCUGAUCACGUCACAACAACACAAAACGAUGACGUCACAGUUCGCUCGAUUUUUUGUCAUUUUUCUCCUACUCAUCGCAUCUGUAAUCGCUGGAAGAAUCACUAAAUUGCUCCGACUUCCCCCACUUUUUGGAUCAUUAGCGCUCGGAAUUCUCAUCAGAAAUGUUGGAAUUUUCGGAAACUUUUUCGUUCUUCCCCCAUUUUUGGAGACAAUUAUCAGAAAAUUGUCAUUGGUUAAUAUUGUUAUUCGAUGGGGUUUGGCGACAGAUGCACAAUUUUUAUACGAGAAUUCGGUGAGUUCAGACAACUAUUUAAGACUUGAUUUUUAAUUCGGCCAUUUUCAGGUUCUUCCGGUAACGAUUGGAUUAGUCAGCGCGGUCGCUGAAAUUAUUGCAGUCACAAUUGCCUCAUACUUCAUUUUGAAUAUCUCAUUUGUAAUGGCUAUUUUCUGUGGAUUGAUUUUGACAACAGUUUCACCAGCUGUCACAGUUCCAGCAAUGAUCAAUUUCAAAGAAGAAAAUAAGGGUGCUCUCAAACAAAUUCCAGAUAAUAUUCUUGCUAUUUGCUGCGUUGACAACCUUUUCUGCGUUAUUGUAUUCAUGAUUCUUUCAUCUAUCAUGUUCACUGAUGGUGAGUUGAAAAAAUUUUUUUUUUGAAGAUUGGCUUUUUUUUCAGCUCCAAUCGCAACAACUAUUUUAUUGAAUGCUGGAACUGUAGUUUUUGGUGUAGUUGGAGGACUCAUUCUUGGUGAGUAAUAUUUUGCCAGAAGACUCUUUGUAAAUAAAAAAAAUUGUUCUAGGCUGGAUUCUUUGGAGAUUCCCAAGAUCCGAUGCUCCACACACCCAAUUUUCACGAAUUUUGCUCCUGGGAACAAUCUCCAUCUCACUUCUUAUUGGAACUUUCCUCAUCAAAUAUUCAUGUUCUGGAUUUUUGGCUUGUUUGAUUCUCAGCGCAAUGUGUGCUAUUCAAUGGAAAGCUGAUAAUAAAGAUAAGGUGAGCUUUUUGAGCCCUACAAUUUAUGAUAAAAUUUCAAUUUUUCUCAUAUGAACAUUCGAAAAACAAUAUUUCCAGCUUCAAAGCGUUGAAUCAACCUACAAGUAUAUUUGGGAUGCGUUUGGACUUCCACUUCUCUUCGUACUUCUUGGUAUGAAAUUUGAUUGUACGAAUGUGAGUUUGAAUCCAGUUGUUUAAUUUUCAUAUUCCUAUUUUUUUCAAAUUCCAGUUAACUUGGGAUAUUGUUUUCCUCUGUAUUGGAGUUAUCGCAACUGGGUUAUUGAUUCGUGUUAUUAUGGUGACUCUUGUCACAUUAUCUUCACAUAUCAAUGUCAAAGAGCAAAUCGUGGUUGCUUUGAGUUUGCUACCCAGAGCAACUUUCCAGGUAUGUCCAAUUUCUGAUCACAUUUCCACAAUUAAAUUUUCAGGCUGAUUUGGCGCCAACUCUCGUUGUUCUUGCGACACCCUUCCCAGAAUAUGUUCAAGAUGCUGCAUUGGUUUUGAAAGUCUGUAUUCUCUCGGUUCUCCUUACAGCCCCCUUAUUUGAUGUUUUAUUGAACAUUGUUGGCUCAAAAUUCUUGGAUGUUCAUACACCACAGGUAAUUUAAUAUUUCCGUUAAUUCAUAUGUGUAUGAUAUUUUCAAAUAGCAUCAACAACCACAUCAACAGCAACAAUUAUCGCCGCCACCAAUUGAAAAAUCGUCAUAUUUUAACGGUGAUAAUAUUGAUGACACAACAUCGAAUGUUUACACAUCUCGACCAAAAACAUAUUCUGAAUAUCGCACUGAAACAGUCAUUGAACGAUAUUAA